AUGUCGUCAUCCGACCUGGACGGCGGCGAGGCCAGCCAGGGGGGUGGCAAGCUCAAGGUGCUGUGCCUCCACGGCUUCAUGCAGACCGCCGACGCUUUCCGCAUGCGCGUCGGCUCCAUGCGCAAGGCCCUCAAGAGCCGCGUCGAAUUCGAAUUCCUGGACGCCCCCUUCCUCGCCGGUGACCACCUGAGCGCCGAGCAGAUCGCGGAACUGGGGGGGUCGGCCAGCGGCCGCACUUGGAUCAAGUGGGCCGACAUGGCGCCCGGGAAACGGCCGUCCCAGAGCACCGCCUACAUCGACUUUGACCAGACGUAUCUGCACAUGGUUGACGGCCUGCGCGCCCACGCGCCGGACGGCGUCCUGGGGUUCAGCCAGGGCGCGACGGCGGUGGCGCUGCUGCUGGCGCAGCUGAAGCGGCGGCAGGAUCGGGGGCUCGACCUCGACGUGCCCGCGCCACGGUUCGCAGUCUUGGUGGCCGGCUUCCUGCCCCGCGACCCGACGUACUCGGAGCUUUUGGCGGCUGAGCGCGUGACAACGCCCAGCCUGUUCGUCGUGGGGGAGGCCGACGCCCUGGUGCCCCCAGAACGCACGCUGGCGCUGAUGGACACGUUUGACCCGCAGAGCACCAGUCUGCUGAGGCACGCGGGCGCGCACAUGGUGCCGACGUGCAGCGGCGAUGUCAAGAGGCAGAUGGCCGAAUUCCUGGACGGCUUCAAGCCCCCUGCAGCUGCCGCCGCCGCCGAGGACGCGGGCGCGUUCUCCGCGGGCGCCGCCGCGGCGGGGCCUGGGCCGGCGCCCGAGGAGGCCGCUGUGGUGGCGUAA